AUGUCUUUCGGAUUUGGAGGAUUCGGACAGAACAACCAGCAAAGCUCCGGCUUUGGAGCUGGCUCUGGAUUUGGAGGAACGAGCUCUGGUGGAGGCUUUGGAUCUACAUCGUCCCCUUUUGGUGGCGGUGGCACAUCAGGCGCUGGUAGUGGUGGUGGCCUUUUUGGGAAUACCUCCAGCAGCUUCGGUUCCGGUGGAGGUUUUGGAUCAGGAACGCAAAAUAACCAAUCGAAUUCGCUGUUUGGAGGCCAAAAUCGUACCGGAAGUGGCUUUGGAACAAGUACCUCCGGCGGCGGCAGCCUUUUCGGAGGAGGUACUUCCACCGCUGGAGGAACAGGUUUUGGCGGCGGCGGCGGCUUUGGCGGGUCGACUGGAAGCACAGGUGGCUUUGGCAGUACUGGCACCGGUACUGGUGGAGGUCUUUUUGGUAGCAAGCCUGCUACCGGUGGCUUUGGCAGCCCAGCUGGCACAACCGGCACGACUGGUGGAUUUGGUUCAACAGCCGGUGGCGGCGGGUUUGGAAGUACCGGCUUUGGUGGAGGUACAGGAACCGCCUUCCAGCAAGCUGUUCCCCCAUGUGAGGGCACUGGUAGCACCCCGUUCAACCCAUUCACCGAAAAGGAUGGCAACAGCACUGUGACCAACCACUACCAAAGUAUUUCUUUCAUGCAACCCUACAGCAAGUAUUCCUUUGAGGAAUUGCGAUUGGGCGAUUACCAACAAGGCCGCAAAUACGGUAAUGGAAGUGGACAAGCUGGCGCAUUUGGCUCAUCGGCAUUCGGUGGAUCAGGUUUUGGGCAACCGGCUGCCUCUACAGGAACAGGCUUUGGCAGUACUUCUUCCCCAUUUGGCGGCGCUACGAGCGCGCCAUCUACUGGAUUUGGUCAGACACAAACAACCGGCGGAUUUGGCUCUACUGCCUCUAACCCUCUGUUUGGUGGCUCCAAACCAGCGGGUUCCUUGUUCGGGGGAACUUCAACAACUCAAGCUGGUGGCACCGGUGGUGGCUUGUUCGGCGGCAGCGGUACAACCCCAACUGCUGGAGGCUUUGGCGCAGGUACAUCUGGAACUGGAACUGGUGGCUUCGGGUCCGGAGGCUCGUCGCUAUUCGGUGGUAAUGCCCAGCAACAACAAAACAAGCCAUUGUUUGGAGGCAGUGCAGGAACCGGCACCACAGGCACAGGCACAGGCACCGGCUUUGGUGGAUUUGGUCAGCAGACUACCAGCGCCGCAACGCCGUUCGGAAGCACAACGGCCACGGCAUCCCCAUUUGGCGGUGGUGCUCAGCCACAAACUGGAACUAGUGCCUUCGGUGGCUUUGGCCAAAAUCAGGCCCAGAAUCAGACCCAAAACAAGGGAGGGCUAUUCGGUGGUGGUGGUGGUGGAUUUGGCGCCAGCGCCCAGCAGCAGCCAUCUACUACUGGCGGUCUCUUUGGAGGUGGCGGCACUGGUGGCUCCUCCCUCUUCGGACAGAACAACCAACAACCCCAGCAGCAACAGCAGCCAGCUGCCGGUGGCGGAUCGCUAUUUGGAGGCGGCACUCAGCAAACUGGCGCUGGGUCAUCAUUGUUUGGCGGUGGUGCCCAGCAGGGACAGAAGAGCUUGUUCGGUGGUGCUGCUCAGCCUCAGCAGACUGGUACAGGUACUGGUUUGUUCGGUGGUGCUCAACCCCAGCAAACUGGAACCAGUAGUUUGUUCGGUGGUGGUGCCCAGAAUCAACAGCAGCAGAAGCCAAGCUUAUUUGGCGGAGCUUCCACCACAGGUGGCUCGUUGUUUGGGGGAGGCCAGACCACAACUCCCCAGCCCGCGGGUGGUUCGCUGUUUGGCAACACUCAGACCCAGCAACAGCCAGCAGGGGGACUCGGGACCAGCAGUCUAUUUGGAAGCAUCCAGCAGCCCCAACAGCAACAACAACAAACAGCCCCCGGCAGCUUGCAAGCCUCGCUGCUUGACGGAAAUCCUUAUGGUAACCAGUCUAUCUUCUCUGGGCUGCCCGCUCCCAGUGCCCCAAGCCCUGGACCCCUGGCUACACCUCUCUCUUCUACCAUUAAACAGAAGCAACGUACGCCGUUGCCAGUUUACAAAAUCACCCCUAACGCCGCCAACCGCCUCGCCACCCCGCCUAAACGCCAAGGAUAUGGAUUCUCUUAUUCGACUUACGGAUCGCCUUCCAGUGGUGGUAGCACCCCCACUGGACUUGGAAGUAGCGUUCUUGGUGGCGGUAGUCUGCGCGGAAGUGUCAACGGUAGCUUUGGGCGUAGUAGCUUCAGCAAGAGUUUCUCGACCAGCAACCUGCGCAAGACCUUUGAUCCGGAAGCGGAUAGCGUCUUGUCCCCAGGGGCCCUUUCCUCUGGCCCUUCACGCUUGUCGUCGAGCGGUAGUCUCAAGAGACUUACCAUUGACCGUAGCCUGAGGAACGAUAUCUUCGCACGUCCCGCUAGCACAACUGUCGCCCCCAUUACCAAUGGCGAAGACUCUGCUCAGCCCGCGAAGAAGAAGGUUAGCUUCGACUCGACGUCCAAGGCACUGGAUGCCUCCAGUGGCGCAAUCGCCCCUGUUGAAACUGAAAGCCCGGAGCCCACUCCCGAGGAGCUUGGCUUCUUGCGCUCAAUCCGUAAGAGUGGCAGCAUGAACGGAAUCCCUUCGACCAAGCCAACAUCUGAUAGCUUUGGUCGUCCCGAGAUGGAGUCUUUGCCGCGCAAUGAUCUUCCCGCCGUUCCAGAGGAUGCAGUGCAGCCCACGAUUACCAACGGCCCAUCAGCACUCUCCUUUACUCCUGGAAACGAUCCCCUGCCUGGCGAGUAUUGGAUGAAGCCUACCCGGGCUGAACUUAACAAAAUGACUCGGGAGCAGCUAAAGAGCGUUAAGGACUUCACCGUUGGCCGCAAGCACUGUGGACAGGUUACCUUUGACCAACCCGUUGACUUGACAAGCAUCGACCUGGACCAGAUCUUCGGUGGCAUUGUGGAAAUUGCCGUGCGAAAAAUCACCGUCUACCCAGACGAGGGAAUGAAGGCUCCUAGAGGCAAAGGCCUGAACGUUCCAUCGAUUUUGCGCAUCGAGAACUCCUGGCCCCGAGGCAGAGACAAGAAGUCACCAACGCCCAUCACUAGCGGUCCCCUCUUCGAUAAGCACAUCGACCGGUUGAAGAAGGUGCACAACGCCGCGUUUAUCGAUUACGAAAAGGAAACCGGAACGUGGGUUUUCAAAGUGCCUCACUACACUACCUAUGGCCUUGAUUAUGAUAGCGAUGAAGAAGAAGAAUUCGAAGGUGAGAGCCUCAACCAAAGCACCUUCAGUGCUGCUCCUGACACUCCGACUCCGAAGGCCCAAACCACACCCAACCUCGACAGCACGGUGGGCUCGGAGCAAACCACCUUCUCUACUGAUGACUCGUUCGUCGGUUCGGUGGCUGGGGUAGACGACGACACGUUCGACUUCAAAAAGCGCAAGAUAGUUCCGGGCUCGUUUGGCAGCCAAGCGAUGGAAGUGGAAGAGGAGCAACGCUCCGUUUCUGGGGAUGAUGAAGAGUCUUUUUUAGGGGAAGGCUCCACGGGUUCAACUACUGAGCAAGAAGAUGGUGACGAUGUCACCGAAAGCCAAGAGUCAGAAGUUGAAUUGGAUGAAGAUGAGGAAAUGGAUAUGGCCGGUUCCUUUCCAAGCCUUCGUCAUACCGUGGAGCAUGAUGACACGAGAAGUACCGACAGCUAUAUGGAAACGACGCAACCGUCUUUGAAGCCGUGGAACACGCCCGCAAAGGCUCGUCUUGAUCUCAGUGGUGACUGGGCCGAGCAAUUGCAGCGAACGAUCAGUCCCAGAAAACAGAACCGUGACGCACUGCGUGAGAUCCAAGGAAACGCCUUCACUGAUAGACUCCUCCAUGACCCUACACCAAAAGAAAACCCUGUUAUUGAUGCGCAGCCCAAAUCAUUCACGACAAGCAUUGAUUUGAUGAAUUCGUUGUUUCAGCAACCACCAAAGCAGCAAGGCAAAUCUCCCAUGAAGACGCAGAAGCCGCAGCCAAGAGGAUUUGAGUGGCCUUAUCACAAGCAACCGAAAACUGCUGGCGAGUCGAACGAAUUGAGUGAAGACGACAUUGCUUUCCAUCAUUCCUUCAAGCCCCGAUGGGGUCCCAUGGACUCCAUCAUAUGCGUGAAGAAUGAUAUGAGAGAAUUUCGGGCUGAGGCUGAUAGCCGAUGGGAGCGGGGCAUUUCCAUCACUAGCGAAGGCAGAGACAUCGUUUUACUUGGAUUCAACAAUGACCCGCAACUCAGUGACAUGCUUGAUGCCCAGAGAAGCCAAACCUUGAUUCGCCCUGUGAAGGAUGUUCCUUUUGCUCAAUUGGGUAGUGCCGAUUUCCAGCGCUUCGCUCAAGCUUCGUCAAGCUCAGCAACAUCGGAUGAAGAGCGCCUGAUUUGGCAGAUCGCCAAUGUCCUAUUCAAUGACGAUAUUGAAGAUGACAUCUCAGCUGGUGUACCUCCCCAAGUUCGACAAAAAUACCGCCACCGCAUCAAGAAAGAUCGCCUAAGUCGCCUUUGGGAGGGCAUUGUUCGUGAGAAGUAUGCACUCAGCCUGGAAAGAGCCGAUUCGGCAGAAGAGCGCGCUGUGUACUUGUUGUGCUCACACCGAGUUGAUGAGGCUUGCAAAGUGCUGAUGGAAAGCCAAAACCUCCACCUUGCUACCUUGCUUGCGCAAAUUGGUCGUGAUCCUACCACACGCGCCGAUAUGGCCAAGCAGGUUGAUGUAUGGCGCCAGCAAAAUGUGUACUCGGAAAUGAGCGAGCCUAUCCGCGCUUUGUACGAACUUCUCGCUGGCAAUGCCCUUCGCAGCGAAGGUAAAUCUGGAGGUGCUUUGGAAGAUCGUGCAUCAACUUUUACUUUCACAGAGAGAUUUGAGUUGGAUUGGUUCCAGGCGUUCGGACUCCGUCUGUGGUAUGGAAUCACGGAAGACGAACCUGUUGAAGCAGCUGUUUCCAAAUUCUUUGGUGAUUUGACAAACGGUGAUGAGCCCGCCUUCCCAUACCCUCCGCACUUGAAUGCCCGGGGCGUGUUGCACACGACAGCCGACACACUUGGCAGAGAAUCUCCUCUGUGGGUUCUGCUGAAGCUUUACUCGACAACUAUGGCUACUAUUAAAACCGGUGGAAUUCCAGCUCUUGAGUUCCCCGCCGCUCUCCUUCCCGAAUCUGUGUCUGGAGAUCGACUCGCACACCGCUUGUCGUUCCAACUGUACCAGGUGCUCGCGACCGCUGUUGGGCAAUAUGACGGCUUCAAAAUCAACCUUGCUCAGGUGGACCAAUUAGUAUCAGAUUACGCUUGGGAGCUCAGCUCUAGUGGACAGCUCAUUCAAGCGUUGUUCAUCUUGUUGCAUCUUUCUCAGACAUCAGACCGGGAACGUGCCGUGAAAGAAACCCUCGCACGCUUUGCGUCUCGGCUGCCAGAUACUUUUACUGCGGAAGGAACACCUGAUGCUGUCUGGAAGUACCUUACCAACGAUCUGCGGAUACCUGAGGCGUGGAUCUGGGUUGCCAAGGGACUUUAUGCCCGUGACAUUGGCGAUGCGACGAGUGAAGUCAACUGCCUCAUUCGUGGCAAGAACUGGAAUGAUGCCCAUGCCACCUUCUGUCGCAUUGUGGGCCCUACGGCUGUCAUCGAGCGUGACUAUGCUACCCUUGAGACUCUUGUGUCGGGCUUCGGUGACGGACCGGAAGGCAAGGUCCAGGGAUGGGCUAGCGGCGGUGGUGUGUACGAGGACUUUCUGCGUCUUGCCACAGCCAAGGGUGGUCAACGUGAUCAGGGUCGGUUGAGUCGUCUGGUGAACGCGCUUGUCGCCAUGGGUGACAAGAUCAGCCAAGGAUCUGGUGUGGAAGGGCUGGAGGAGAGAGUGGCCUUCAAGGAGAUGAGCCGUGCUGUGGCCGGUUGGACUGCACACGAGGACGUCAAUACGGUUGGAUUGCCCACUGUCCUCGGUCUGCCACUCAACGGGGAUGCACGCAUCAUGCAGACGGCGGAGAUGAGUCGGAGGUACUAUAGUGUCAUCAUGGCUGGUGCCUAUUAA